AUGAUGGUAGGUAUUAAUGCCGCAAGGCUGUUGUCUUUAGAUUCCUCUCCAACACCUGCUACGCGCUUCGCAAACAUGUUCACAAAUCGCAUUAGAAACGACAAUCGGAUGACGGAACACGAUGCGAUGCAACUGGGGUUUACCCAAUCUACAGCGCCGACGUCUUCGUUCAACCGUCUACCCAGCGAAAUCGUCCUGGACAUUUGCAACCGCUUAUCCCCAUCUGAGCUCUGGUUCAAUGCGCGCCCUAUUUCCCGUCAAUUCUAUAGCUGCGCUAAUGAGGUGCUACUACGGAAAUGCUUCUAUCAAGAGCAGGUCCGCUUUUCUUGGUGCUGUUUUUGGUGCAGCCUUGGACGCUCCCCCUUGGAUGCCACAACGAGGACCAUCGCUUCACUGUUUGGCGACGCAAGGAAGCUGCGCAUACAGUGUAUCAGCGACCAAGCUUUGCUCGCCAAGCUGGCCUUUGGGGAACUGUGCAGCACGGUUGUGAGGGCAGAGCAAAAGAUCUAUGUGUCUAUUGGUAAUGGCAGCGAUGAGGUUGCGAUGACUGCUAUGGAAUGGCAGAGACGCAUGGAAUGUCUGCCCAAGGAUCUACAAGAGCGCCGGUAUGACUUUCUGGUAUUCUAUUUUGCUCGACUGGGGAGGAAAUCAAAGACUUGGCAUAUCGCAGCAGGCCUUUCAUCUGUUGUGCAUGUGCUGGGCUUCAUUGUGGUGGGUGUGGUCAUCACGGUCGUCAUGGCCGUCGCCCUGUUUGUUUUCUGCAUCAUCUGGGAAACGGUGAAAGUGGUCAAGAGCUUUUGGGCAUUCCUGGAUGGACUGAUAGAUAUGCGUCAGCGUUCUCCAGAGACCCAGUUGGACAAGGCAGCGCAGAAACAUCAUUAUCGGCCCCUCCUGCAGAGCGGAUCAGGACAGUGUUGCUAUGAGAACGUUGCGGCCACGUUUUACAAUUUCGAACCAACACCUUACCUAAGACGACCUUGCGAGUCAGUAUUGUCAGCCUUUACCUCAACCAUGGCCGUGGAUAAGCGCGAAACUCGGCUUCGUCGCUGGGCGAGGAAACUCGGCGGCUGUAUGCGAAUCCACCAUCCGCAUCGCAAGUACAAAUCUGCUAGUUAUAUAGAUAUGGAGAAAAUACUUCCAUCACCUGUACACCACAUCGAAUUCCAGCACACGCAACGCAAUGGGCUCAUCGGUCGAAGAGAACAACCUCCGAAGAACGAGAUCAAUAGGGGCUCCAGGACAUGGGAUGCACACCCUAAACGGGCUUUGCCUUCGCCAGGAAGACUCAGAGUAGACACGCUGCAAGACCAUCCGGUUGACGAGACGAUUCGAAUAGUAAACCCGAGCGUAAGCUCGCUUGUGGCAGGACGACAUGAUAUUCAGACACCAAGGUUUGCCGGAAAGGUAUCCAAGCAACCUCUCAGCGAGCCACAGACCCAUGUGGCAAACGAGCGGUUCCAGCUCCAGGGUCCCCCCACCGUCCUGACAUGGCGAGAGUCAUUUGAGAUCCAGCGGGUUUUGAGACGAGAAUUGCCUCAACCUCCCUCUGACAGAUAUGACUCUGCAGUAAACGUGACCAUUCGACCCCUAAACGCUCGCAAACAUCAAGCCCAAAAGCCAUACUGUCCUUCUGGGCUGGGAAAACCGGCCGCAGUGCCUGUCCAGCCCAAACCGACAAACGAUGUCCGGACUUACUACCGACCGUCAGGCCAUUCUAUAACCACCAUAUCUACAAAAGACAAGGAGGCGAUUCGAGAUUGGAAGCACGACUGGGACAAGCCUCUUCAGCACCGCGCUGGAGGCUCGAAGGCCAUCUGGAAGACAGCCUCAGAGCGGCUUCUGCUGCGUAACAAAGACAGUAUACGACGCUUGGAUGCCGAGAGAGCGAUAAUGGAGCAGAUGGCUGCGAGGAUGGAACUGGAGAAGAGGCAACAACCCCAGAUGAGAAGCAUUCAGAGCAUUGAAGAAAUGGCCGAAGAAGAUAAGAGAGUGAACGAGGAAUGGAACGGUAUUGCAACCCAACUUGCCUCUGAUGCGCGGAGCCCUGGUGUCCAGGAAGUCAGGUCCAUCUCAUUCCGCCACCAACGACAUCCAAUUGCAAGUGGUCGGCGAUAG